CUAAGUUUAAUGUUUAGGAGUGUUUGAUCUGAAAUAAGUUUUCUAUACCCACAAUUUUCUUAGUCCAAAACGAAAAACACAAAUAAAUGAAUCGAACAUUGCUAAAGAAUGAGGUUUAGUUUUAUGGGAUGAGUGUUCAAGUGAUUCAACUGUCUAAGUUCAUAUAAUUGAUAGUCUACCACAAUGUUAGAUCGAUGCAAUUGCCAUCAAAUUUUCAUGAAUUAUCAAAAGGACUAUCUUUGGUUACCACAAACGUGACCCCCCAAUAAUAGGGUUGGGUUUUGUGUAUUUUUGUGACCCAUUGUUGGUUUUCUGUGCUGAUUGGGACAUAUUAAACAGAAAAGAGGUAGUUGUUUCAGGAAUCCACACUACUUCGAAUGUGGUUGUUGACUUGAGGGUCAAUGUUUUUUGAUAAGAGUUUGAUAAAGACAGAUAUGAGUGUCUUAGGGAUUGCAUAUGAAAGCUUACGUAUCUGCUUUCAGUUACCAGUUGUAAAAGGGGUGAUGGGAAUGUACUGUUUCUGAUCGUUUUCAAGGUGUUUAAAAAGAAAAAAUCACAAAUUAAAAGUGUGUAUGUAUAUUUAAGUUUUUUCCUUAUUGCCAUAUUUCACAAGUAGCAUCAACAACGAAGAAUUAAAGUAGGUAAAAUCAUAUAUAUAUAUAUAUUUCAGCAGAAAUGAUGAUGAAUCAACAACAGCCAGUUAUCGUGCUCAACCAAAAAGUUGAGCGUGAAUCGGGCCGAAAAGCACAAAUGAGCAAUAUCGAGGCCGCCAAAACUGUUGCAAGUCUUAUCAGCAGUACACUUGGCCCUUGCGCGAUGCUGAAGAUGAUUCUAGACCCAAUGGGUGGCACUGUGCUCACCAACGAUGGCAACUCCAUUUUGCGCGAGAUAGACGUAGUGCAUCCGGCGGCGAAGCACAUGCUUGAACUGGCGCGUGCUCAAGACGAGGAGGUUGGUGAUGGCACCACCACGGUUAUCAUACUCACUGGGGAGAUCCUCAGCCUGGCGCAGCCCUUGCUGGCACGCAAUAUUCACCCGCUUAAAAUUGUGAAGGGCUUCACGUUGGCCCUAGCUGACGCCUUGGCGGCUGUGGAGAAGAUCGCCACAACGAUCGAUCCGACCGAUAAGAAGCAGCUGGAGAAGGUUGUAUCCGCCUGUUUGGGUACCAAAUUCAACUCACGUGAGGAAGUUUUAAUGUGCCGUUUGGCAGUUGAGGCAACACUUCGUGUGGUACGUGAGGACAAGAUCACCGGUACAAAGGACAUCGAUAUCAAACGUUAUGCAAAGAUUGAGAAGAUUCCUGGUGGGUCUAUACAAGAUAGCGAGGUGUUGGAUGGCGUCAUGUUCAACAAGGACCACAUUCACUCGAAGAUGCGGCGCCGCAUUGAGAACCCUCGGCUGAUUCUUUUGGACUGCCCAUUGGAAUACAAGAAGCCGGAGACAACGAUUAAUGUCGAGAUCACUAAAGACACAGAUUGGGAGGCCUUGUUGAAGCAAGAGGAGGACUACGUACGCUCGAUCUGCAAUGUAAUUAUAUCCUUCAAGCCUGAUGUGGUGAUCACGGAGAAGGGAGCCUCUGAUCUGGCGGCGCAUUUCUUGUAUAAAGCAGGGAUUACAUGCAUUCGUCGCUUGCGCAAAACAGACAAUAAUCGUAUUGCCAGGGCUACCGGUGCCACCAUUGUUAGCCGUGUGGAGGAGCUAACGAAUGAGCACAUCGGUAAGGCAGGGUUGUUUGAGAUCAAGAAGAUCGGUGAUGAAUACUUUACCUACAUCACAGGGUGCCCUGCGGGGACGGCGUGCAGCAUCGUACUUCGUGGCGCUAGCAAGGAUAUCCUGAACGAAAUCGAACGAAACAUCCACGACGGGAUGUGUGUUGCGCGCAACAUCAUUCUCGAGCCUCGUAUUGUGUACGGGGCCGCCGCUUGCGAGGUCCAGGUCUCCGCGCAGAUGAUGGCGAAGUCCAAGACGAUUGUGGGGGUGGAGCAGGCGGCCUACCAGGCGGUGGCGAUCGCACUCGAGGUGGUGCCGCGCAUUCUCGCCAGCAACUGCGGGGCCAAUGUCAUCCGAACGGUGACGGAUCUUCGCGCGCGGCAUGUGAACCCGGACGGUUGGUUCUGGGGGAUUGAUGGCGUGUCCGGGAAGAUUGUGGAUGUGCGAACGAUUAAAGUGAUUGAGCCCGCGGCAGUCAAGGUGCAGGCUCUGAAAACGUCGAUCGAGGCCGCUGCCAUGAUUUUGCGCGUAGAUGACGUUGUGUCAGGGACUAAACUUCGUCAAGGGCGUGAUGCGGAGGCCCCUAAAGGGAAGGAACAACCUGAUGACGACCCGGAAUCUGCUGCUGCAGUGGCGGCCGAGUAA